CGACAAGGGUUGUGAGAGGGAGGUCGUCCACGCAAUAGAGAUUAUCCCAGGAUCUAGUAUUCUGAAGGGUAGGAUCUAUCGGAUGUCUCCAAGCGAGCUUGAUGAGCUUCGCCACCAACUCAAGGAACUCGUAGAGAAGGGUUAGAUCCGACCGAGUGUCUCUCCUUAUGGAUCUCUUGUAGUAUUGGUACCUAAGAACUUAAGAAGGAGGGCACACUUAGGAUGUGCAUUGACUAUAGGGACCUGAAUGCCAUCACUGUAAAGAAUAGAGAGCCCCUACCGCGCAUCGAUGAUCUGUUAGAUAGAGUGCAAGGGUGUCGGUACUUCAGUAAGAUCGAUCUGACGUCGGGGUACCAUCAGAUUGCAAUCCGGCCCGAGGAUCAACACAAAACCGCCUUUCAUACCAGGUACGGUCUGUACGAGUUUGUGGUGAUGCCUUUCGGCCUUUGCAAUGCUCCUGGCACCUUUCAGCACGCUAUGAAUCGGAUAUUCCAUGACUACUUGGAUAAGUUUGUCAUCGUGUACCUCGAUGACAUACUUAUUUUUAGUAAGACUGUCGAGGAGCAUGUUGCCCAUUUGGACAAAGUCCUCAGCCUCCUGCGACAACACAAGUUCAAGAUCAACGUUGAGAAGUGCGAGUUUGGCCGCACCCGUGUCUUGUACUUGGGUCAUGAGAUCUCCGCGGAAGGGUUGAAGCCCGAUGACGCGAAGGUGGCCAACAUUCGUGAUUGGCCACCUCCUCAGUCUGUGACUGAGAUGAGAUCUUUCUUGGGAAUGACAAGCUAUUAUAGGACUUUCGUUAAGAACUAUAGCAUAGUGGCCGCUCCUUUGACUGAUCUGACCCGCCUUGACACCCCAUGGGAGUGGACGGAUGAGUGUGAGGCUGCUUUCAGACAUUUGAAGCAUGCGUUGACUUACUACGAGGUCUUGAAACUUCCUGAUCCUGACAAGCCGUUUAUAGUCACCACGGAUGCCAGCCAAUAUGGCAUUGGCGCCGUGCUCGCGCAACAGGAGGGGCCAAAGUUGAGGCCUGUAGAGUACAUGUCCAAGAAAAUGUCGUCUCAGAAGUUGGCUAAGUCCACCUAUGAGAAGGAGCUCUAUGCGGUUUACAAGGCUCUGACCCAUUGGAGACACAAUCUCCUUGGGAGAUUCUUCAUCCUCAGGACUGAUCAUCAGACCCUGAGAUGGAUGAGAACCCAGUCUGUACUUUCUGACGCCCUCAAGUGUUGGAUCGAAGUCAUUGAGCAGAAUGACUUUGACCCUCAGUAUCUGAAAGGGGAGUACAACAAGGUUGCAGAUGCCUUGUCGCGUAGACCUGAUUUCUCAGGUGCGCUGAUUACUGAGUUCGAUCUGACGAACCAUGUUACUCAGUCCUUGGUGGAAGCCUAUCGCGAGGACCAGUUCAUGUCUGAGAUCAUACGCAGACUUCAGGCAAAGGACAAGAAGACCUCUGCUGAGUUUGAGUUGGUCAAUGGCUUGUUGUUCCUUGAGAAGGCAGGGAAUAAACGGUUGUGUGUUCCCAAUAGUGAGUCUUUGCGUAGUUUGUUUUUAGGUGAGUGGCAUGAUGCCACCGGCCAUUUUGGGUAUAAGAAGACUGCAGCCAACUUGCUGCAGCGGUUCUGGUGGCCCACGAUGAUGCGAGAUGCCCAGCUGUACGUGGAGACUUGUCAAGUUUGUCAACGGGACAAGCCACGUACUCAGGCUCCUCUUGGGCUUCUGAAGCCCCUUCCGAUUCUAGAACGGCCUGGUUGGAGUCUGUCCAUGGAUUUCAUGGAUACUCUGAUCACCACCAAGAGUGGGAUGUGCCACAUCUUCGUCAUCGUGGAUAGAUUUAGUAAGUAUGCUAGGUUAGUAGCAAUGCCGGAAACAGCAAAGACGGAGUACAUGAUUAGAAUGUUUAAAGAGAACUGGGUCAGGGAUUUUGGCUUACCGAAAUCCAUAAUCAGUGACAGGGAUGUCCGAUUUACCAAUGAACUGUGGAAGGUCGCUGCUGCAGAACAGGGAACCCAGCUGCAAAUGACUUCUGGGAAUCACCCAGAGGCCAAAGGCCAGGCCGAGCAACGGAACCGCGCUGAUGCGGAACGCGCUAAGGAGAAAAUGAAUGGACGGAUGCUGUUUGGUAGGCCGCUGCUGGUCCGGUUUGUCGAUGAGAAGGUCGUAACGCACAAUGAUGCUCCAAUACGCGCAAUGGAAGCACAAGGUCUUGCCCAGGCUCUAGGUGCUGUUGUAGCCAGCAAAACAGCGAAGAUUGCAGCAAUUCAAAACAAGCUAAGGAUGAUGCAGAGGGAAGAAGAGGAAGGUGAGAGUCUUCAUCAGAUUCUGGAGCGAGGUCCAACUCUUCUGCCGCCGCAUUUGGCAGCGCAGACGGCGCUCGCGAUUGCUCGUGCAAAGCAGCAAGUUCGAAUGACGGUGCAGCCCGGGGCGGGUACGAAAUCCGGUCACAGUCACUUCAAGUAGUGAAGAUGCGCCUUGAGAGAGAAAGCCAUUCUCUCUCUGUCUACAACGCCUCCGUCACCCCACCAUUCAUUCCGUCCUAUACGUCCAGAGCGGACCUCUCCACAUGUGCAGCGUCCUCGUUGACUUGUCAUGUCAUACCGAGCAGAACGCUGGGUUCUGCUGGUUACCCUUCCCCUUGGUGUUUCGUCUUUUAUCGCGCGUUCUCUGCCAAUUGGAGUUAUUGGCUCCUCGUCUGAUCCUCAGUUCCGCCUCCUGGCCCCUCUGUCCUUAGUGCACACACAGGUAAGCAGCCUCCUGCUUUCGCUCCACAGAACUUGGGAGCCCUUUGUCCUUAGUGUGGUGCAGGUAAUUAGCGCCGUGCAUUCCAUCUUGCACAGGACUUUGGAGCCUCCUGUUUCCAUCCAUCUUGCUCGUUCGGACCUGCAGCACAACCAUCUGGUUGUGAGUCCGUUGCAAUUGCAAUUAGGUCUCUGACUCUCUGCUCGGUUCGUCUUGUUUGGUCCCGUGUCCCUAGUUUUGACGUUAGGUCCUGCUUGUCGCAGAUUCACUAUGAGAAAUGUUUCGUCAUUAGGUCCUGCUGCCUUCUGCACCGUUGAAGAUUCGCCACAAGA